AUGACCGUCAGUAUCAAGACAGUUUGCGUACUGGCCUUGGGCUUGUUCCCAAUCGACGCAGUUGGUGGCCUUAUCAAUAUCAGAAACUCUCUUCAGCAACAGUUAGAGGAUGUUUGUAACCAAGACAAUCAUCCGUCGAUCACCGCUCUCGAUAAGCCUAAGUUUCAUUGGGACAACAAGGCCGACCGGCAUCCACGAGACUACGUCCUGAGAUUUUCGGCACCCUACGGCCGCAAGGUCGCAGGAUGGCAGCAAGACUUCUUUGACCCCGACAGUGACAACAGUCUAUCGCAUAAUGAUUACAAGAAAAAACCCCAGAUCGAGGGCACGAGGCUCGAUGCAGCAACAAUCAUCACUUUCUUUUAUCCCGUCGAAGACCGUAACACCCAACGUAAACCUCUGGAUUGGUACUACGACUCGUUUAAAAACCUAGCAGCGACGAAGGAACAAAUCAUCAUUUUUGUUCCGCCUGGGGAGAAGCCGAAGAUCGAGGCCAUCGCCAAUGAGGCGGGCAACAAAUACGUCCAGAUAGUGACAGAAUUUCCCACUCUCUGGGAUAUUCCCACCAACAUAGGCAAGGAAGCCAGCUUCACGGUCAAAGAACCACUACUAUUUGCCCAGUUUGACGGGUGGCAGAAAUGUUAUCCUGGCGCCAAGGAACCUCCGGAGUCUUUCUACGUCAAACCUCACUAUAUGGCCGCGUAUAACGCCAAGGCAUACCUCAUCAUCCUGUGGACUGACAGGCCUUAUGACGAGCACAACGUGGCUUGGGGCAUGUUCAUCGACCAAUUCCUGGACGAGAACAAGCUUGCGAGGGCGCUCGAGUUGACCGAAGAUACGGGGAUCGUCAUGGGAGAGUACGGCCUCCAUCGGCAGAAGGGACCCCGGGACAUCACGAACAAGUGUUGGUCGGACCCCAAGAAAUACCUGUGGGACUGUUUUUCCUUUGUUUUCAACACAGCAGUUGGCAGCUCUCUCGGCAUGCUGAACGUUGCCGUCCGGUUCAUGAAGACCGUCGAUGACAUGGACGCCAACGAUCUCUACACGGGUCGGGAGGAGUUCAUCCUGGCGUUCCUCGCGAUGCGCUACCCGAACACUAUCUUCUCGGUCCCUAGAGACUACGACGCUGCCCCGGGGGUAGAUUGGGCCAUGGGUCCGAACGGACAAAAAUCCACGUUCAAGUCAAAGCCGUACCCGCUACAGGUGGCUUUUUCGGGGUACGGAGGCUCUGCUCAAGUACCGCCGAUCAACGAUCCUAUACAGACGAUUUUCUGUCCCAAGGGCAGCAAAUAUGAAACGAAAAAUCCGAACUUGAAGGAAAAGGAGUCCAUUGUGAAGAAUGAUCCGGAAGCCGCUCAGAAGGCUCCGAUGGAAACGUAUCAGAGCCCGGAAUGA